UAGGUGGGCUACAUUGUCAUGAUCGAUCCUUCUACUGGGGUUAGAACUAAUUUAUUGAGAAUGAGAGGUGCUGGUGUCGUAGGUAUCUACCACCCUUUGAUUGAUGAGAACCUUGUGAAGAUUCUUCAUGGGAGGAAUAAGAAGGUGUAUGCCUGGACAGUUGAUGAUGCAGUCUCCCUGCAGAGAAUGUUGUUGGAGAAAGUAGAUGCUAUUGUCACAAGCAACCCCACUUUACUUCAGAGUCUCAUGCAAGACACCAAGACUAAAUGUCUUGAGGAGGGUUUUUCUUUGUUACAAUGAGAAUUGAAAAGUUUUUAAACGAUUGAACUUGUACA